GCAAGCCAAACAUUCUUUCGAGAAACAUGGCAAGACAAAUUAGGGACCCUCUGGAAGUUGGUCGUAUCAUCGGAGAUGUUGUGGACUCUUUUAGGUCGUCUGUUGAUCUUCGGGUUUAUUACGGAGGCAGAAUUGUGAUUAAUGGCUGUGAUCUGAGGCCUCCCCAAGUUGCUAAUCAGCCCAGAGUUGAAGUUGGGGGUGAUGACUUUCGAACUUUCUAUACUCUUGUUUUGGUUGAUCCCGAUGCACCAAGUCCUAGUAACCCACACCUACGGGAAUAUCUGCACUGGUUGGUUACUGACAUUCCAGGAAGCACUGGCGCAAGUUUUGGAACUGAAGUGGUGUGCUACGAAAGCCCUCGGCCGACGAUGGGAAUCCACCGCCUUGUUUUCGUGCUGUUCCGUCAGCUGGGGCGGCAGACGGUGUAUGCUCCAGGGUGGCGUCAGAACUUCAUAACCAGAGACUUUGCUGAACUCUACAACCUUGGCUCGCCGGUCGCAGCUGUGUACUACAACUGCCAAAGAGAAAGUGGCACCGGAGGCCGAAGAUCUGUUAACUAGUGAAAGCGAUGAUAGCUAGAAAUCAAACUAUAUUAAGCUACGUAUUUUUAGUGCAAUAAAUGAACUGUUCCAGUCCAAUGUAUCAAUAUGCUGUAUCCCAACCCAAUGGUCAACAGCGGCCACUUAACCGUUUAAACUUUUAUAUGUGGUGGUCAUUUAGCAUGUUGGCUUCUUCAAUGAUUGAUGCUGCAUGCAUCAACUUUUAUAUGUGGUGGUCGUUUAGCAUAUUCGUUUGUUCAAUAACUGAUAUUGCAUAUAAUUGAUGCUGCAUGUGUUAGACAUAAGGUACUUGAGUUGAAAUGCUUGUGGUUCAGUUCACUACAUUGUGCAUUGAAUUUGAGUUGCUUCCUUAAUUACGUCACGC